GAGAUAACAGGUCUCUAAUGUGUCAAAGGGCCCACAUAGAAGAUUGAUUUUGAAAAAUAAAAAAUUAGAUCUAUUUUUCACGGACUCACGCUCAUUCCUCUCUCUCAGUCUCUCUUCUCCCAGAAACCAGAAGGCCAGAACACAAUUACACAAACAUGUUUCCUCUUUUUUUUCUCCAUUGAAGCGUACUCGAAAAUCUCCAUUGAAGGGGCUUCAAAGCUUUCUCUCCUCCACUGAAGCAGUCUCAAAAGUUAGAUCUUCUUUUUUCUGUAAUUAUUGACCUAAUUUAGCAUUCAUCUUGUUAGAUUUAUCACUAUAUACUCAAUUUAGGGUUUUUCGAAGUUGGAUAAUUCCUUCUCCAAAAUCAAUCAGCAAAAAUGGCCGGCAAAGAUGGCGCCACUGGUAAGAGCACCGGUGGAAGGGGCCAGCGAAAGAGCGGUGUUAAGUCGGUUUCUCGGUCCUCCAAGGCUGGCCUUCAGUUUCCUGUUGGUCGUAUUGCUCGCUUCCUGAAGAAGAGUCGUUAUGCUCAGAGAGUUGGCUUAGUUCUCCUGUCUAUCUUUCUGCUGUCCUUGAGUAUCUCGCUGCCGAGAAGUAGCGAUGGAGAAGCUACCCAAAGAAAAGACACCAGCUACCUAAGCCGCUCUGCUCCGGAAGGAGCAAAUUGAGAAGAAAAAGUCGCACCUGGCGGCUAAAGACGGCGGGGCCGGGAACAAAGUCGUUCCUCGCUCCUUGUCUAAGAUGGUCAAGAGACCGGCGGGGGACAUUCCUCUGCCUACUGCAAAGGCACUAAAGAUGUCGGUUCCUUCGCCGGCUAAAUCUAUUCCAAAACCGCCUGCAGGAGGCAGGCCCACCACUGCAGGCAAGAGCCUUAGUGGAAUUGUUCCUACCAUAGAAGUGGUGGAUGAGGGUUUAAAGGAGCCGGAGACUCCGGCUGGCCAGACUCAAACGGGUACUGGCUCAAACGCGGCUGGGGGUGAUACUACCCCACAGUCCGACAAAGGUAUUACUUUUGCCUUUGAUCCCCCCUGGCCGCUUGGGCCUAUGUGAGUAAAGACCCAAGCUUGCCAAUCCAUGGAUUCUUCUAGCAGCCGAGAAAGAGGCUGUGCCGGCUGUGCAUACAAUCAACAUUGACCGGAUGCAUCACCUUCUUGUACUUUCUUUGUUUGCCGCUUUAGUUGUUUUUUACAAUAUAAUUAUAACAUUCCUCUACCGGCUGAUAUCACAGGUGAUGCUGAGAGUUGACGGUCUUCAAGUCCCCUUGCGCAAGAAGCAAGAGGAGGUAAGGGAUGCCCAGAGACGGGCAUCCGAGCUCAUUGAUGUUUCCCAAUAUAAUGCCAUUAGAUAUGACAUGGAAACUAAACGGCGAGAGUUGGAACAGGAGGAAUUGCCGAAGAAAACUAUUGAGGCUGCUGAGGCGGAAAAGGCGAGAGUGGAUGAGCUAGAUCUGAAGGUCAAAAAUCUCCAAGCCGAUCUCAAGGCUUUGGAAGGAGCUGACAAGGAAAACGCCGACCUUCGCUCUGACAACAGCCGGCUCAAAAAUGAACUUGCUUCUAGUCAGGCGGCUCAUAAAGAAGAGCUUGAAAAAGAACAACGCCGCCUGAUUGCUGAGAACGAGACCGACAAUGAGGAGCGCAUGAAGCUUGCCUGGGGGCUCAAACACCCGGACUAUGACUACGAAUUCUUCGACCUUAGGUAUGAGUAUACCUCAGAGGUAUAUGAUGCCAAGGUCCUUGGCCUGGACCCGCCUGCUUCCUUCGAUGAGUGGGCCGAUUUGGUCGAAGAAGAGCAGCAAGAGGGUGAGCAGCAGGCGCACACUCAAGAGUCGGCUUGGGAGCAAGUGCAGGAGCAGCAACAACAAGAGCAACAGCAGCAGCAGCAGCAGCAAUGAAAUUUUUUAUUUUUUUUAACUUCUUUUACCGGCCUACGUGUCGUGUGCAUCAAUGUACUUUUCCUCGGACAAGGGUCCGGUUAACAUUUAUUAAUUCUAAUCUAUUUACCCGACUCAGUCGGUUUUGCUUUCUACAUAUACUUGCACCAUUAAGUAUUUUUUGCACUAUUUUUACAAGUAUUACAAGUAUUUGUCUGUUUUCAUUCCGGAUGAUACAACCGAACGCAAAUAGAGUGUCUGUUUGUUUAUUCCAACGGUAAACAAGCAACCGUCCUAUUUUCUGCCGGAUAAGGUAUCAAACUAUUCAUCUAUCUCAUAUCGGCUAAUACAACAAAAACUCAAAUAGAAUGGUUGUUUAUUUAUCAACAGUAAACGAGCAGCCGUUCGAUUUUCAGCCGGAUGGGAUAAUAAACUUAGAUGUCUUAAUAUACCGGCUAAUAUAAUUAAAAAACCCCCGAAAUGGCUGAAUAAUUUACACCAACGAUAAACAAGCAGCCGUUUCAUAGGCAGCCAGUUUCAGAGGCAACCGGAUAGGUAAUGAUCAUUGAUCUACAAUAUACCGGCUGGUACAAUAAAAAUGCCCCUGAAAUGGUUGUUUGUUUACUUCACUGGUAAACAAGCAACCGUUUCAUAGGCAACCGGAUGGGUGGUAUAACCGUCUGGGUAUCCUUUGGAUAAGGCCCGGUUGUCCUAACCCAUAUUAUACUUGGAGUAACAUCAUUCUUUUAAAUGUGUGUAUCCGGAAUACCUAACCGUGUGCAAUGCUUUGCUGCAAAAACCGGUUGGUGUUUUUACUAGGAUUUUGAUUUUGCCGCAUGGACCAUUCUUGAGUCUAUGCCGGCUGAAUCCUAGAUGUAAUGGAUCAUUUCAAACGGUUGUUUGUUACUUACAAUGAUGUGUCAGUAAUGCCGUUAGAGUUUUAUGACCGCCAGGACAAUGUACCACCCGGAAGGGAGCUGUCCUC